AUGGCUCCUUGGCCCGAGCUAGAAAAUGCCCAGCCCAACCCCAGUAAAUACAUGGAAGGGACCACUAGUCAGCCGUCCACCACACCUGAGAAAGGCAAGGAGCCCGACAAAAAUGACACCAAGACGCCUGUGACCAAGAUCGAACUUCUGCCAUCCUAUUCCACCGUGGCACUGAUAGAGGAGCCCACCGAGGUGGCAGACCCCUGGGACCUGCCUGAGCUUCGGGACACCGGGAUCAAGUGGUCAGAGAGAGACACCAAAGGGAAGAUUCUCUAUGUCUUCCAAGGAAUUGGGAAAUUUAUUUUGCUUCUGGGGUUUCUCUACUUCUUCGUGUGCUCCUUGGAUGUCCUCAGCAGUGCCUUCCAGCUGGUUGGAGGAAAGGUGGCCGGACAGUUCUUCAGCAACAACUCCAUUAUGUCCAACCCCGUGGCGGGGCUGGUGAUUGGAGUGCUGGUGACUGUCCUGGUGCAAAGCUCCAGUACCUCCUCGUCCAUCGUCGUCAGCAUGGUGGCCUCCUCACUGCUGAGUGUACGUGCUGCCAUCCCCAUUAUCAUGGGGGCCAACAUUGGGACCUCAAUCACCAACACCAUUGUGGCGCUCAUGCAGGCGGGAGACCGGAAUGAGUUCAGAAGGGCUUUUGCAGGAGCUACUGUCCAUGACUUCUUCAACUGGCUCUCCGUAUUUGUGCUCUUGCCCCUGGAGGCAGCCACCCAUUACCUGGAGAUCCUGACGGACCUGGUGGUGGAGACCUUUAACUUCAGGAAUGGGGAGGAUGCCCCAGCACUUCUGAAAGUCAUCACAGACCCCCUCACGAAGCUCAUAAUCCAGCUGGAUAAGAAAGUUAUCAAUGAAAUCGCAAUGAAUGACGAAGCCGCCAAAAACAAGAGUCUGAUCAAGAUUUGGUGCAAAACUUUUACCAAUGUGACUCAAAUGAAUGUCACUGUCCCUUCGCCUGAGAACUGUACCUCGCCUUCCCUUUGUUGGUCGGACGGUUUGUACACCUGGACUAUCAAGAACGUGACCUCCAAGGAGAACAUUGCCAAGUGCCAGCACAUCUUUGUGAAUUCCAACCUCCCAGAUCUUGUUGUUGGCAUCAUCCUGCUGUUAGUCUCCCUGCUGGUCCUCUGUGGCUGCCUGAUCAUGAUCGUCAAGCUCCUAGGCUCCGUGCUCCGGGGACAGGUAGCUGUUGUCAUCAAGAAGACUCUCAACACUGAUUUUCCCUUUCCCUUUGCCUGGGUGACUGGCUAUCUGGCCAUCCUUGUGGGGGCAGGCAUGACCUUCAUCGUGCAGAGCAGCUCCGUGUUCACAUCCUCUAUAACCCCACUGAUCGGUAUUGGUGUGAUCAGCAUCGAGAGGGCGUAUCCGCUCACGCUGGGCUCCAACAUCGGCACCACCACCACAGCCAUUCUGGCCGCCUUGGCCAGCCCCGGCAGUACCCUGAGGAGCUCACUGCAGAUCGCCCUGUGCCACUUCUUCUUCAACAUCUCGGGCAUCUUGCUGUGGUACCCGAUCCCGUUCACCCGCCUGCCCAUCCGCCUGGCCAAGGGACUGGGCAACAUCGCAGCCGAGUACCGCUGGUUUGCCGUCUUCUACCUGAUCUUCUUCUUCCUCCUGAUCCCGCUGGCCGUGUUCGGCCUCUCGCUGGCCGGCUGGCCCGUGCUGGUGGGCGUGGGGGUGCCGAUCCUCUUCGUGAUCCUCCUGGUGGUGGUCCUCAAUGUCCUGCAGUCGCGCUGCCCGCGCCUCCUGCCCGGGAGGCUGCAGAACUGGAACUUCCUGCCGCUGUGGAUGCACUCGCUGCGGCCCUGGGACGACGUGAUCUCGCUGCUCUCCGGCUGCUGCCAGAACCGCUGCUGCUUCUGCUGCCGGGUCUGCUGUCGCACGUGCUGCCUGCUCUGCGGCUGUCCCUCGUGCUGCCACUGCUGCGGCUGCUGCCGGCGCGGGGACGACGAGCCCGAGCUGCCCGGCAAGGCCCCCGAGGCCUUUGAUAACGUGGCCCUGAGCCGCGAGGUCCAGGACGCGCCCCCUGCGGCUCCGGGGGAGGCCCCGGGCGCAUGGAGCGCCUCUGGCGGCACGGCCUUGUAGGGGGGCGGCAGGAUGGGCCCCCAUCCCCCCGGGCGCCGCGCGCCUUCCCCUGCCUGG